UCCUGUGCGAGUGGUGCCAGUUUUCUUGCAAGCCCUCGCGCCCUCCCACGUCCCCGAGAGACUGUGCUGGACGUGGCUGGACGGGGACAUGCAUAUGGUCAGCAAACUACACAGCAACCGGGUAUCGUGGUGGGAAACGCUGAGCCAGGAAAAUUGUCAGUAAGACUGCACUUUUUGCCGAGUGGCUAGUUGGUAAGGCAAAUUUGUUUUAGUAGCAACGCCUGUAAAAGAGAACAAAUUGUGCCGACUUGUAGGCUGCAUUUGGCGCUUUCUCCGACAUCCGCAAGAGACAGUUGGCCACAGCUUUGUUGGACGCCGCUCCAACCGAGAGCGACAGACAGCAGACAGUGCUAAACCUUCAGCGAGCGACAAACCAUGGGCAGCGGUGCCGUGCCGGAGUCGUAGCGUCCCAGCCGCGGCCCAAGCACGACGGCGGCGACCAGACCCACGCACCCGCCGAGCAGGUGCACCACUCCCGAUCCGCCGAUGUCGACGGCGCCCAUGCGCGCCAGGAAGCCGCCCUGGUUCCAGAGCCACCCGGCGGGCACGCAGUACAGCACCGUGGCCAGAGCCGAGAAGAGGCAGUACGAGCUUUGCUGGCCACGACAUUUCCCGCCAUCUCAACUCGCGGCGCAUGACGGGAUCCAUCCGUGUUCAAGAAACAUGGCGGACAAAGAGGAUGAGCCGACGAUCGCUCAAGACUUGGUUGUCACCAAGUACAAAAUGGCUGGAGAAAUGGUCAACAAAAUUCUUAAACAUCUGUUGACCAUGUGUACAGCUGGUACAUCUGUACUCGCCAUUUGCGAAGAAGGUGACAAGCAGUUGAACGAAGAAACGAGCAAAGUGUUUAAGAAGGAGAAAGAGCUGAAGAAAGGCAUUGCUUUUCCCACCUGCGUUUCGGUAAACAACUGCAUCUGCCACUACUCCCCACUCAGGUCUGACACCGAGUACAUCCUGAAAGACGGGGAUGUAGUCAAGCUGGAUCUAGGAGCGCACAUCGAUGGUUUUAUUGCGGUUGUGGCACAUACAGUCAUCGUGGGAGCAAGCCUUGAUAACAAGGUGAAAGGCAGGAAGGCUGACGUCAUCAAGGCGGCCUACUAUGCAGCCGAGGCUGCUCUACGACUUGUCAAGCCUGGCAUUGAGAACAAUGCUGUGACAGACGUGAUUCAGAAGGUGGCAGAAUCCUAUAAGUGCAAGCCUGUUGAAGGGAUGCUGUCUCACCAGUUGAAGCAGUACAGGAUAGACGGAGAGAAGUCCAUCAUUCAGAACCCAACGGAAGCCCAGAGGAAAGAGCACGAGAAGUGCAAGUUUGAACUGCAUGAAGUGUAUGCGAUCGACGUCCUGGUGAGCACAGGAGAGGGCAAGGGUCGCGAGAUGGACACCCGAACGACUGUGUACAAGCGCACCGACGAAACUUACUUGUUGCGAAGCAAGGCAUCUCGAGCCUUCCUUAGCAUUGUAGACAAGCAGUAUACCUCUAUGCCAUUCACACUAAGGGCGUUUGACGAGGAGAUUAAGGCGAAAAUGGGAGUCGUUGAGUGUGUCAACCACAAGCUACUUGACCCAUUCCAGGUCCUGUAUGAAAAGGAGGGUGAAUUUGUGGCCCAGUUCAAAUACACAGUGCUGUUGAUGCCGUCUGGCUCCCAUCGCAUCACGGGUGGCCAGCUGGACCUUGAACUGUUCGAGUCCGAAUACAAGGUGGAAGAUGAGGCGCUCAGUGCUUUGCUCAACCGCUCAGUGAUAGCCAGGUCAGCUAAGAAAAAGAAGAAGAAAGCAGAGAAGGCACUGCUAACAGCUGGCGAUGGUGCCGGGGAGGCAGAAAACAUGGAUGCUGCGGAGGACUGAUGGGAUCUGUUUCGGCUUCAGGAAACAGACACGCUUGGUUGUCAGCCUGGCCUAGGUGGUGUGCUUGUGAAAGGGGUGUGAACAGCUGGACAUUGUCAUCCUCACUUUUUUUUUUUUUACCAACAAGCACAUGCUCACUGAAGACCGAGCCUUGUUUGAGCCAGCCAGCAACAUCAAACCCCAAUCUGAAUUCCUGGGCUCAUGGUCUGGCUAUGAGGUGGAUUAAAUGGUUUUGCAAACACUG